GUAGGAAGUAUUUAUAGACUCAGAUCUUGAGUUGCUGAACAGUGUUUCAUUUAUCUGGAUGUGUCGAAACAGUGGAGUAAAAAUGGUAAAGCAUGAAGUUCACAGACCAGAGAUGUGUCGGAAUGUGUUCCUCCACAUCAUGAUGAUCAUCAUUGUGUGUUCACAUGCAGACUCCUUCAGUGUGAACGUACCAGCAAGACGUUUGACAGCAGCCCGUGGACACUCUGUGGUUCUGGGCUGCGUGUUCUCCCUAGACUCUGGACAAAAGCCUGACCUUUCCAACUUGGUGGUGACAUGGCAACGGCAAAAGGAUAACCGAGUUGUCCAUAGCUACUAUUUUGCACAAGACCAGCUGGAGACUCAAGACUCUGCAUACCGAAACCGUACAGCACUAUUUCUGACCGAGCUGAGCAAAGGAAACGCUUCAGUAAGAUUAGAUAAUGUGGAAAUGAAGGAUGAAGGGAUCUACAUCUGCUCCGUGAGCACAAAACAGGGAACAGACAAAGCAGAGUUACAGCUGAUCUAUGGAGCUUUCUACACAGAACCGAGGUUAACUAUCAACGUUAGCUCUUCUGACAUUUUGGUGCAGUAUGAGACGGAGGGAUUCCCCGAACCCGAGUUGAUGUGGAAAGGAGAAAAUGGCAAGAACCUCAGCAAUCACGUACAGACGUCUGUAGAACCAAAUAUAGACAUGGGACUUUAUUAUAUCAAAAGCAGUUACACGGCACCAAAGUCUCCACUCAACUUCAUCUUUAUUCUCGAAAACCAGCUACUGCAUCAAUCCUUGCAGAGGCCCGUCAGAUAUACUGGGGGUGAGAACUCCUGCAUUACCGAAGUGAUUGCACUUGCAGCCAUUUCUUCUUUUUUCCUCAUCUUGAUCCUAGUGAUUUUGGCCUAUUUUUACUUUCACAAGAAGAAAUAAACCAAAAGACUUUCUUUAAAAGGACUGAAAUAAAUUAUGAACAGGUCGGCACAGCGAAGCUGGCGAAAUUUUUUGAAGCUGGUAAAAUGUUUCGCUGAUUUUUUUCACAUCCUUUAUUUAUUUAAUUAGAUAAUAAUGCAAUAUCUAAUAUCUCACAUAAAAAAUA